CUUUUGCAUAGACUGGCAGCCGCUUUGAGAUGCUCUUGUGUCUGGUAACGGAACCGUAAUAUUAUGAAUGUAGAGAAUCUGCUGUUUCUCUCCUGCGAGAAUUGCCUUUUUUAAGCCAUUAAACGCAUGGUCAGCUAUUUCACAAUUAAUGUGCACCAAUGCUGCACUACUCAAACUGGCUUAUUGACGUUAAGAAUAGAGCAAGCUUAAGAAAUGCAAGCAAAACGAGCUCUAGCACAGACUGGAAUAAUAGGGGAAAUGCUGCGGGAAUGCAGAACAAAAACCCGCAGCCAAAAGAGAAAACGGCGCACCUCUGGAAAAAAGGUUACAAAGUAAUUAAGAAAAUUGGAGAGGGUACGUUUUCAGAGGUGCUGAAGACCCAGAGCCUGAAGGAUGGGAAGUUUUAUGCAUGCAAAACUAUGAAACAGAGAAUUAACAGUCUGGAACAGGCCAACAACCUGCGUGAGGUCCAGGCGAUGAGACGACUGAGUCCUCAUGCAAACAUCAUCCAACUCCAUGACCUGAUUUUUGACAAAGAAAGCGGAACAGUGUCUUUAAUAUGCGAGCUGAUGGAGAUGAACAUCUAUGAGCACAUUCAAGGAAGACAAACACCCCUGCAUGACCAGACAGUCAAAAACUACAUGUACCAACUGUUAAAAGCGCUGGAACACAUGCACAGCUGUGGGAUCUUCCACAGAGACGUGAAACCUGAAAACAUUCUCAUAAAACACAACAUUCUGAAGCUGGGUGAUUUUGGCUCCUGUCGCAGCGUGUACUCCAAGCCACCACACACAGAGUACAUUUCCACACGAUGGUACAGAGCCCCGGAGUGCCUCCUCACAGACGGAUACUACAGCCUGAAGAUGGACAUCUGGAGCGCCGGUUGUGUCUUUUUUGAAAUCAUGAGCUUGAAUCCUCUCUUCCCUGGAACAAACGAGUUGGACCAGGUUGCCAAGAUCCACCAAGUGUUGGGGACACCGGAUCAAAGUGUUCUAAAAAAGUUCAAGCAGUCUAGAGCCAUGCAUUUUAACUUCCCCCCGAAGAAAGGCACCGGCAUCUCCUGGUUACUCCCAAACUGCCCAGCUCCGGCUCUGUCGCUGCUGUAUCAGACGCUUGCCUAUGACCCCGAUGAGCGCAUCGCCGCAGAAACAGCACUGAGGCACACGUACUUUAGGGAAAUCAGAAUGGCAGAGAAAAAAGCCGAGCCUCUUCACAGACUCCUAGAGCCCUUUGAUGGAGUUGGGGGUCCUGUGAUUCAAGCCCCCUUGACACAAAUCUAUCGGCCGAGCAGAUUCGUUAAACACCUGAGGGGAAGGCACAUCAGACAGACACCUUUAAUGAGUCACAACUCCAAACAUGUAGCGGAUUCCCUUAACAGACGAAACGGGCCUCGUCCACUAGAGCUGCCCCAGAUCAACAUGGCCGUGUUGGGACAACGCGCCUCCUUUCCAGGUUCUGCUCUGUCGGAUUUUCCCUUCACUCACGGAGGAACGCUGCCAGCCAUCACACCAAAAAGCCAGCCACAGUCCACAAAGACUCAGGGAGAGUCGCGCUGCACAGCUUUUAAAUCCCGCUACAUACCACCUCUGGAUCGGAAGCACGGGGGCACCUGAGAGCCAAACACAUCAGAUUAAAACUUUUCUGCUCAAACUGGACGGACCUGAAAAGCAGAUGUGUAAAGGACAGGCGUGAUGUAAAUGGUGUAAAACCUCACAAACAUGCUCAUCGUUUGCAUUGAAGACCAUAAAACCUGUUACAACCAACACCAAACUGAAUGCAACCUGUCCACUAAAGUUUUAUGGUGUUCUACUCGUUCACAGCUGAGCAAUAAGCUUUUUCACUCGUCCAAGAACAAAUACCCCUCUUUUCCACCUGCAGUCACCCGACACCGUUCAGAUCGUCUCAUUUUACAAAGAAUGAACCGAUGCUAAUCUUCACCACGCCCAGACGCGGUCACACACACAACAAUACAUUGAAUGUGACAGCCUGUCUGUAAAUUUGUGGCUUUUCUGGACCAGUUUAUACACUUUUGUCUACUGAGCGAAAUUGUAACGGUACAUAAAUAAAACCUUCCUUCUCGUCAGGUUGCUAAAGAAAAGAAGAAAUAAUCCAACAAAAUCUAGAGACAAAGAGAAAAUAUAACAAUCGUAGAUAACCUUCAA